GAGUCACGUGCAGUUUGCUCACUGAAAGAGCACUCUGCAAACUCUAACUUAAUCUUCCUCAAAAGUGUCAUAGCUGGUGGACCAUGGAGCUUCUUAUAAAUGUAAGAAAAUGGAUAGAAGAAAACAAAGCUGCCUUUUUGCCACCUGUGUGCAAUAAACUGAUGCAUCGCUAUCAAUUAAAUGUGAUGUUUGUUGGGGGGCCAAAUGAAAGGAAAGAUUAUCAUAUUGAAGAAGGAGAAGAGUUAUUUUACCAACUGAAAGGACAUAUGUGUUUGAAGAUAAUUGAAAAUGGGAACCACAGAGACAUUGUCAUCCGAGAAGGGGAGAUGUUUCUCCUACCUGCUAGGAUACCUCAUUCUCCCCAGAGAUAUGCAGACACUGUGGGUCUUGUGAUUGAAAGGGAAAGAUUAAAGACAGAAAUUGAUGGGCUCAGGUACUAUGUUGGAGAAUCAACUAACGUCCUCUUUGAAAAAUGGUUUCACUGUGAAGAUCUUGGCACUCAGCUUACACCAAUAAUUCAAGAGUUUUUCAAUUCAAGACAAUAUCAAACUGGAAAACCAAAUCCAGAUGAACUGCCAAAAGAAACACCUUUCCCACUAAAUUCCACUUCUGUUAUGGAGCCAUUUUCCUUCCAAAGCUGGUUAAAUGAUCAUCGCGGAGACUUAAGGAUUGCUUCUGCUUUAUUUAUGUUUGGAGAUAACUUUGAAACAGAGGCUAUAGUUUACGGACCAGGAAUAACUGAAAAAAGCAAAAAGAAUUCAGAUAUCUGGAUAUGGCAGCUGGAGGGCACAUCUACUGUUACCAUGGAUGGUAAAACCCUGACUCUAGCUGCUGGUGACAGCCUGCUUGUCCGUGCCCAGUCUGUAUUUGAUCCUGCCCUAGCAUGCUAUACUGUGAGAGUGGACUCUAGAGGAGAGCAAUGGAAAGCAUUCAGGUGUCAGUAAUGUCUCCCAUUUUCAUAUUUGUAAGAGAUCAACAUGAAGAAGUCUUUUUUAAAAGAAGCUCAUCUGAAAAUGCUGUAGAAUACUAGGCAUUGAAAGAUAUUUCUUUAAUUCCUUGUGUUAUUUCUUCAAUUAAACUCACGCUAGUAGAAUCUGACCUUCAUUCAUCUGAUCUGAAGUAGUAAGGUUAGGGAAAGUAUGCUGUAACAGUCAAGCAGUAGUUCUUGUGUGUGUUUUUUGAAGGCAUGCAAAACCCUUUCAGUCUGAUGUCUGAUGUGUUUAGGAAAAUAAAAUCCAUAAGUUAUAGGCCAUAAGGUCUUCACUGAGGAGGUUCAUGCUGUGAGGAUUUCCAUAUGUCACUUUAAGUAGUUGUUAAGUGUUCAUUUCUGAAAUAUAAAGCCCAGGAACAUGAUUAACUAGAGUAAUAAUUCCAUGUAAACCACCUAAACAGAGAUCUUCUGUUCAGGGCCAAAUAAGCUCACGUUGCUUCUCCUGUACAGAGACCAAAUUUAGACUCACUCCCUGAAUUCCCUGGUGUUGUCUGUCAGCCUUUUGCAAGAGCCAUGUAUACAUUUGUGUUUAUACACACACGCACAGAGCUGUAAUGAUGAUUUCCUUAAGCUACCUGAUAUGCAGUACAUAAGGUAGCAUAAAGAAAGUCUACAUGAAGAAGACUAUACAUGAGUCACUCUAAAGAGUUGCAGAACAGCACAAGGUCAGAUUUUGUGGGACAUUUCCAAGUCUAUUGCAAUUCAGCUGCAAAGAGCUUCCAAAAAUGAGAUGAUAAAUUCUCAGUGAUCAUUAAUCAAAGUAUUUAGAAAAUAAGUACUCACCAGUAUAUUGAAUUGAAGCUGUUAUAACAAAUUGAGUUCUAGUAUAAUUUACCAAUAAAGAGAGAAGAUAAAUUAAUAAGCAUUGCUUCAGAAGAAGAAGGGGAGCAGGAAGGAAGGAAGGAGGAAAGGAAAGAAACCCUCCCCCAACAACAAAUAAUCAAAAUCACCUGCUUUAGCAGACACAGAAGUUGAGCAGCCUGGUCCUUUAUACCUACUUCCUUUCGCUCCAGGUGUAGCCCUGAUUUUAACAGGCACGAGUUAGGGGCAGAAAGUAAGCACACUCCAAAUAAUUCCAGCCUGCAGACAGACUCUUUAGAGAUUGCACCAGGCAGCAUAAAAUCGAUACAAGGCUGAUUUGCACUGGGAUGGGGCUGAUAUGGAACAAGUCCUAAAACCCCUUGGCUCCAACUAACUCGUUUCAGCCCUGGUCAUCACAGUGAGUGUUUGAUCCAGCUGAAUACGUUCAUCUCACAGAACUGAUGUAUGGUAACUUUAUUCAUCAGCUAAAGUCAUAUUUGAAGAGCUCUCCUUCUGCAAUAUAGUACAGCUUAUAUAGAUAGAUCAUUAAAGCCAGCUUGAAAAAUACAGUUUACUUUUUUGCAAUCAUCUGAAAGUGAGAUUUUAUACCAAUGCAAGUAAAGCUUUGUAGAAUACCUAUUUUUUUAUAUUUUCUUUAAUUUUAAUAUCUAUUUCAGACCUCCAUUAAGACUGCAUAAUAUUAACUUAUUCAGGAAAGUGUAAUAGUCUCCUGCUGGAAGUUUUCUGCAUUAAGUUGAUAUUACAGUCAUUUGAUGGAAGGCCUGAACAGAUAUCCUUUUUUCUAUAAGGAUUAUUUUUCAGAGGUAUGCUCGCAAAGGCAGUUUCUUACAGUAAAAGUAAAGUUCCUGGAAAUAAAUGUUCUCUGUAAUGUGCUGUCACAUCCCCUUGCCCUCUGACUGGUCAGGCAAUGGCAAAACCGUAUGCUUCAUCUUGAAGGACAUUAAAGACUCAGUCACAAGAGACAUGAUCCUAGUGGAGAAAUAGAUAUGAAGGAAGAUCACUGGGUCAGAAUCUCUGCAGACACAUCAACUGGAGGAAGCCCCGUACAGACAGACUGCAUAGAAACUGCAUGAAGAACGCUACUCUGCCUAUUUUUAGCACUGAGAAAUACUUUAACUUCUACUCUCUUGGGGGGAGGAGGAUGGCAGGUUUUUAAGGGACUGAUCCCAGGACUGACCUGACAUGCAGCAGAGCCUUUGCCUUGGAUGCCCUUCACAUGGCACAAAGGAAGGGGUGAGCCGGACUAGAAAAAAACUAAAGCAGAACUCGUGUACAAAUGUCUAUAUCUGCCCAUCAACCAGUGUCCUCAAAUCAGAGACUGGGUACUGAAACAACUCCACUCCCAGAGCUGAGUGGGAUGGGACAUUCAUCCCAACUCCCCUCACAGUAAAUGUUUCUGCCUCUCAAGUCAGGUGCUGGAGAGUGGCAUAUGGUUAUUGCCUUUAUCUGUUCCUACAGUUCAGUAAAAGUAUUUCUUCUCCUGUAAUGAAAAUCUGAGUUCUGGAACAUAUUCUAUGCAGUUUUGUACUGCAUUGACUACCUUAUACAUCUACAAAGCAUAUGGAUGGGGCACAGUGUGUUUCCUUGUGUCUUGGGUAGACACUGCUAUUGCUACAUGCUCAGAGGAGAUUUUCUUUAGGAUUCCCUAUGCUCGGGGAGAAAGCUAAUAUUAACUUUCUCUCUGCUUAGCUUUAUGCUUUUGCUAGAGACCAGGAAGGGAGAGAAAAGCUGUACAGAAGGCAAAUCUGCCAAUCUGAGUGAUCAGUAAAGCAAAUACUCUAUGAUUUAAGGCUCCCAUGCACAGCAAGGAGCUGUACAAACUUAGAUGGAGACAAUCUGUUUCCUGAGGCUUGUAGGUUAAAUAGCAAGCUAGAAAAAGAGAGCUACCCAACAAGCAGAGAAAGGCAUCUGACAAAAGCCUCAUUAACCCUCCGUUUUCUUCACCCACACCAUAUGUUUGUUUCUUCUGAGAGCUGCCAUUUCUGUAGGUCUGAACGCUCAGUGCUUGAGUAUCCAGCAGUGAGAAACAAAGACUAUACAGUCCUCUGAGUUAAGGAGUUACUGUGUUAAAAAUUUGCUUCUGUGAACACUGUAUGUUGUGAGAAGUGAAGUGUCUGACUGACAAAAAGACAUCUAGAGCAGAGCAGUUGACUAAGAAAAAGAUUCUGCCACUUAAUAGCUUUUGUAUCAAGAUCUUGCCUCUUGAUGUGUAACAUCAGAUUAGCAAUAUUCUCAGGGUGAACAGUUACAUGGCGAUUAAAUAAUUCCUUCCAGAAAUAUAGCAACAACUAUAUGCUCUCCUGUCCUACUUCUUUUCCUUAGUUUUUGGUGCAGUGCAUAUUGAGCAUACUUAAAAAUAUCCCUAUGCCAUAGACCCUAUGAAAUUUCUAUUAUUCUAUCCCUUUAUACUAUCCCAUGUACAUCAUAACUUUGAAUCUUAGGUUUCAGUUUUAUGGAGAUAAUUGUAGCCAUGGAGGGCUGCAAUAGCAGGGGAGUCAGGGAAUGAAGAUGCUAAUUCAAGACCAGUGUUUUUAUGCUCCUGGCUCCCUCACACAACCAACUGAAGUUUGUUAUAGGCAAUGUGAAACCCAGCAUUAUCCAAACUUGUUUCAGAGGAUUGUUUACAAAAUAAUCUUAAUAAUCCUUAGCAUUAAAAAUAACUUCUAUCCAAGGUAAUUUUAAUUUCUGCCCAUAUUUCUACUUCAAUCAGAUCAGUUUAUGCAAUUUCAGUCUCCCAUCACCUCACAGCUUAAUACCCCUUAUAAUCUGAGUAUGUAUGUUAUCAGCAGUUUAGAUAUUGUCUAGGGGAUCUUAAUUCCCCAAAAAAGAACCUACUCCCUUUUUAGGCAUGGUAAGCAUGGCACAAGUGCAUUCAGUAAGUUAGCUGUGAUUACCUGGUGAUUCAGGAUGCAUCUGCAUGCAUCCUGCUAAAUAGGCUAAUGCUGGAAUGGGACUGGGAGCCAAUUCCCAACCAUCCCCCAGCUCUGCUCUGGGGCUUUCCAUAACUCCCUUCAAAUCUAGGGAGUACUUUGGGGAAAGAGCACUCUAAGGACCACUCCCUGCCAUACAGAUGAGGCUUCACCCUUUGCAGUCCUCUGACCCCACCAAGCUUUGCAUUCUCCAUCGCUCCCAAUAUACACUCAUGCCACAUCCUAGGUCAUAAAACAUGUGCCUGUUGUUUCAUGUUAUAACAAUCAUGGCUCUGGCUGGCUGGGUUUUCAGAUGCUUUAAGGUGAAAAAAUACACCCUCAUAUGCACACACCACAAACUGUAUUUUAGGCUUAACAAGAGACACUUGAUGUCUAGGCAAGACCCAAAGACAAAUGAUACGCAAUGUGGAUGCAUACUACUUCAGAAGGGAGGUAGCUUUGAGCAGAAAGCCCCAAAACCACUUCAAUUGGCCCAGGAGCUAAGGAGCACUCUUUUCACUGUGGUAUGAGGUGGGAUAGUUCCUUUUUCAGGACACACAUAGGAUAAGGCUACCAUGCCUCUGGGAUUCCCAAACUCCUUAUGUUUGUCGCCAUUGGUGUUGGAGGGUGGAAAAGCAAUUGCAUGUCUCAGCAACACAUGUUUUGAAGUGCUCAGCUGCUCAAGUGUGCCACUCUCUCUAAGUAAAUUUACUAUAGGUUGGGAAUUUAUCUUUUAGACUGUCUUGUCUUCAAGUUAGUUAAGCUUGCAUUAUAAUUAACCAUAACUCACCUUCCCACUUCCCCCAGAACCACAUAUUUAACCUCUCUCCGUGAGGUAUGAAUUCACCCUAAGCUAAUAAAUGUGGCCAUAUUUGAAUGAAUAUUUUCAAUGCAAAUGUUUUUUUAGUGAAGGCCAGGGGUCUGUUCCCUCUCCAAGUUCAAUUAGGAAAAGCUCAAUGGAUGUCCUUAGAAUGAGUUGGGAUUUUCGUCUGUAUAAAUAAGAGCAGGAUCUGACGGCCAUACAAAUUACAUCUGUUCCACUGCAGGUAUCCGUAAUUCAAUCUCCAAAAUAUUAAUCAAAUGUAUCUGUCUUGAUUUUUCCUCCAUCAAUUCAUGCUGCUCAUUUCUCCUUGGUCUGUUAGCUUUCUAUACUAACAGAUUUUAAUUCCUCUUAAUAUUUAUGCCUUUACUUUAAGAAAGAUUGAGUUACAUUUAUUGGACAACCUUUUUAGUGAUCAAUACUACAUUACCUCUCUCUAAACAUUCUAUCCCUGUCAUCUGUUUGCUAUAUGACUCUCUAUGGGCCACUCUUUCUCUGCAUUGCUAAACUUAAUACAAUAUAUUUAGGUUUAGCAGUACAUUUCAGUAUUAGAACCCCCUAUGCACUCAAAGACUAGUAGGUCAGCCACCACAUGAUCUUGAUUUUUAUGCCAAGUACUUAGUUUCUUUUUUUUUUUUUUUUUUUAAAUCUUUCUUGUCCUGAGCUCUCAUGCCUUACUCUGGUUACAUGUCAUGUUUUCCCCCACAAUGGCAAGGGCUAGAAAUUUUUUUUUUUUAAAAAACAAGCUUUAAUUUCUUUAAGAACUUCACUUCUGCUGAAAUCCAGAAGACUACUACCUGUUUUGUGAUUUAACAGUCACAAACUGGCUGGCUAUAGCACUGGAACUGGCUAUAGUACGAAGUCUUUCUGAAAAUGCUGUUGACACUUAAGAUCUUCUAUGGGAAAGUAUGCAGUUGCAAUAUCACAUCACAUCACCCAUUUUAUCUUACUGUCUUCUCCAGGGAUGAUUGGCCAUCCUACUUUUUCCCUGAGCAUUUGUUCAGCCGUACUUCAUAAUCUUUCUCCUAGAAUUAAUAAACCUUAGGUACAUAAGAAUCUAAACCUAUGUAGCGGUGGCUCUCCCCAUCUCAACUCACAUUAUAUCAAAACACUUCUAUAGUCAACUCUUGGCUACUGAAUCCAAUUAAAAAAAUAUGGAAUUCUUUCACCACAAUUUAAAUUUGUAUCUCCUGGAUAUUUUGUGAUUUUGAAAAGCUUUCAUUAAGCUUCCUGAAAUAUCUUAUUUUCAAUUUCUUAUUGUUUCUUAUUGCUUCUAUUGUUCAUUAGAGUGAUUAAAGAAAACCAUGCACAUGUUUUAUACUUUUAAUAAAUAUCUUUGAGUUCCCCCUAGUUGGACCAGGAUUGGUCCACCUUGUUCUAUCUUUGGGUAUCACUGAUGAUCUGCAUGGUAUAUAGAAAGCUCUGGUUUUCUUAAAGAAUCUUUCAUACAUUAUUAGUCUUAUUUACCAGAGGAGAAUAAUAUACCAAAACAGUGAUUUUUCUAUAAAAAUAUAUAUUAUGUAGAAGUCUGCAAUUCUUUGAAUGGGUCACCAACAAUUAAUAUUGGGUCAAACCAAUCUAAUUUCCUUCUAGAAACAUGAUAAAUAGAGGAGAAAUGGUACCUGUCAUAGUUUGAUUCUAGUAACACUCCAGAUACUUAUUCACAUACAAGAGAAACACACAAAAUAAGAAAGCACAGCAUAGAUGAAAAUAUUCUCAGGGAGGCUCAAAUUUAUUGGAAAAAACAGGUGUUUUACAGUACUAUGAUUCUGUAGGUUUUAUUAUUUUAAUGAUGUUGGAAAAUGCUGAAGUGGGUUAAGCUUAUCACCAAGGCAGGUAUCUCAUUGAAAGAGAGGCCAUCAUCUUGAAGGGUGACUUGAAGAGACUUGACAUAAGACUACUAGGAGCAAGUAGUCAUGUGAGGAAAGUUUGCAUUACACAGUUUUCCAAGAAGAAAAAAAAAAAAAUGGCAAAAAGGGAAUUUUUAGCUUUUUUUAUACCAUACAAUAUGUGUUUUUUCACUAAGAUGGAAGAGGUACUUGCUGAUGAGUCUUAAUGAAAAGUUUACUUGUUAGACAUGUAAAAGCAAAGUACCUUCCAAUAAUUCCUGCAGUAUCUUAAGCUCUUUUUUAAGCCUGAAAUUGUAUUUACAGAUUUUAAAAAUCCUGUUUAUAUGAGUUUUGGAAACAAACAUUAAAAAAAAGAUUUAUAAAUUGAUCAUAGGCAAUUUUUCCUUAUGAACUUUAAACUGCUCCAAGGGUUUUAAGCAUGGCUUACAAAAGUCUGAAUGGCUGAGAAAAGCAGCAUCUCUGUAUCAGGUGGUUAUUGUUUCUGACAUUUUAUCAAAUGGAGACUUCUUUUGAAAUACUUGACCUAUUCAUUCCCUGAUCCUGGUACCAAGGAAGUUGAAACAGACAAGAGAGCUAUUUCAAAACAACAUUACUGAGCAAAGUCAAGAAUCUCAAAAGAAAAUAAACUCAAUAUGGCCAAAGGACAGCCUGGCUUAAUGUGAAGUUGCAAUCAAAUCUCAGUAAAAUGAUCCCACUUUUAGCAUUGCAGCUCAAGAGGACAUAAAUUACUGUUUCAUUCCCCAGGGGAUAAUUUAGCCUUCUUUUGAAAGGAAUUCUAAAAUCUUACAAACUCCAAACAACACUCUUCACAUCCGGCCACUGUUCUGCAAAUUUUAAGGCUGCCUCAAUCUUUAAGUACUCUUAGGUUUGUUGUUUUGACAUAUAGAAAGAUUUAAAGUGUCUAAUUUUGACCCCACUAAUAUUAAAGUAAAUAUAAAGUCAUAGCAGGUAAAGUCAGGGGAAUCGGUGCUGAUUUACAUAGUUGCAAAUUGUAUCAGAGUACAUUUCUAAAGCAAAGGACACACUUAAAAGUUUUGCUAUAUGCUGUACCGUGUAUAUUAUCUCAGAACGAACCAGUUGCCUUCUUCAAAAAACUAAGAGUUCAUCCCUUAAUAGUCCAUAUUGCUACUCUCAGACAUUAAGUACAUUAAAAUCAUAAAACUAAUUGAACUCCUUUGUCUCAAGAUCUAGAAACAUCCAGGAAGUAGGAAACAUGCUGGAUUUAUCCCUCAGUCACUUUCCCACCACCAAAUAUUAUAUGAAUGAAGAUCAGAAGAGCUGGCAAUCCCUCUUAUCAGAAUUAAGAUGUCAGACUGUAUGUCUAGUGCAUCCAAGUCCAUAAUCCGGUCAAGCUGUUACUCCUUCCCUUUCAUCAUAUUUUAACAACAUCUGUUCCCUUAAUCUUCACAGUGAGUGGCCAAGUUAAGGAAACGUUUCCUUUUCUUCCUGUCUGCUUGGCCUCUCACCUUACUACCUACCUGCCACUUGGUCCACAUAGCACGUGAAGUGCAUUUUGAGAUGACCUGAGCCCCUUACCUUGUAAUUGCUGAAGGAAAGAAGAGAAGGAGCAAUUUACAGUGAAGUAGGAUGAUUACAGAAGGCAGUCCGUGUAACUUCUGUAAACUCUGCAGAGCUUGAGUCAGUACAAGAAAGAGAAGCACAUGAAACAAGUUCCAUUAUUGAGCUUUCCUCCAUUUUCCUUAUCAGUAAUUAGCACAAGUGACAGAAUGUAUACACUUCCUCAGUGAAAGUAAUUACUGUGUAGAGGACCAGAACUUUUUAAACCAAGCCUUAAGUGACAUCAGAAUUACAUAGGCCUCUCUCUCAUUCAGAAAAAAAUUGUAGCUGUAUAACAGUUCUUGUUAUCACAGGCUCUACUGGCAAAGGACAGCCAAUAACAGCAACAGUGACUAUGCGUACUCCAGGGCUGGACAAAAAUUCCCAUACUGUUGUAAUGAAGUAUCACAGAAGCAACAGAUAUCCAAAACUAUUGUCCAGAUCGUAAAGUAUUUCACUGUCACUACUGAGUUUAAUGAGUUAAGCUUUCUAACUUCAUUCCCUGACUUUCAAAAAUUAGCAUUUAUAAUCAGGCAAGAAAACUAAAACAGCUCCUUUAUUUUAGGUUAAAGGUAAAAGUCUUUUUUUUCCCCUCACACGAAAAGAAUUCAAUAAUUCAUUCUGCUCUCAACAGACCUGCUACUUUAAGUCACACAAACACUCUUGCCUCAGGCAAAUGAGGAGGAGAGAUCACUGAAGUCAAUCUGAAACAGGUUUUCCCUUUGAGGGGGCUGCUGCGGACAGAGAAGACGCACAGCACUCCUGUGUUCGCACUUGUCAUCCGUUUGUGAAAGGUAACUGGAAACAUUUUCCAUGGGAAUAGUCUAUGAUACUGAACGACAAACAGAAAAAGAGGAGCCAGAAGAGAGAGAAGGGGAAGGAAAAGAAUGAAGAAGAUGAAGAACAGAGAUGAAGAAGGAAGGAAAAAAAAAUACAACCACCAACACCAACAAAAUUCCCAUAACAGUGACUAUUAGAAGAGGCAUUUCAGAAAAAAAAACAGUGAGCUCUAAAAAAGGUAUAUAAAGGUUGAGUAGGAAAAAAUAAACUUAACAGAUAGGAAUCAAAGGAAGCCAAAGUCAUGCUGCUCAAUUUUAUUUUCAGUUAUCAUGCAAACUUCUAACUGGCAAUUAAACCACAGGACUGAUCAAAGAAUCACUCAUUUACUGGUUCCUACAGGACAAAAACGGCAUAAAGCUGAAGAGAGCGAUUGUUAGAGGUUAACAGGACAGCAUUUCCUACUGCUAUAACUUUGAACAGUUUUUUCCCUUUCCAGCAACUUGCAAAGCACAGCUAAAUAUUUGAGAUGCAAGUGUCCAGGCCUUAGAGAGUCUUGCUCUUUGGAGAUGAGGCUAAGAAGCCACAUAGGAUUGUUACUAUAGGAUAGUUUAUCACUAUAGUGAACAGAUUCCCCCUCAGCUCCACAGCAAAGGGAAGGAAAUAGUGGCAUCCUAACAGAAAAGUGACAGUGCUCUUUCGGAAGCCACAGUCAGCAUGUACAGAAGCUAACAAAGGGUGUCAUAGAGAUCACAUUUCCUGUAGAGUGACCUAGGGAAAGUUUCAGAAACUGAGAUGGUGACAUGACACCACAAUGCAGCCAAAUGCAUCCAUUAUGUCAAAACAGUCCGAGAGUCUCUAAUGCCAUAGACACAUAGUUAUUCAACAGUACAUGCCAGAAAAAUGUGCUAAUAAAUACAAUGUUUCUAAUGAUUCUGAGUCCAUGGGACUCAAGGUCACAGAUAUGAGUGAUAUUGGAUCUAAGUGAUAAUGUACUGUAGUUGGAUUUAUCCCAUUUUCUGUUUGUCUAAUAAAUAUAUAUUUCACCUUUUAAUCUGAACUUUUGCCUUGAUUUACUGCUUUUAGAAAGAGCCACUAAGACUACGCAAGCAGAUGGCAGGAUUUGGUCCAUAGUUUUGACUGCUAGGAAGUAGAGGCAGAAAUAUUUCAAAAAUAACACUGAAAAGUGAUAUAACUAAUGGGAAAUACUUCCACAUUACCAUUUAGCUGAGGGAUUUCUGGUUUAUAUGAACAUCAUUUUAUUGUAAUUUCUGAUAGAUAUUUUAUAAUUAAAGUAUAUUGAGAGCGUUUUUAUGAUGAAACUUAGCUAAUAAGGCAGUUGGGGGCACAUCUGAAAGAAAAACAUCAUCCCCAAAACUACAGCUGAUAAAUUAUCAACGUGACCAUCACCUGAAUGUUUUCUCGGUUCAAGGGUCAGGAGUCUCUCUCUAGUACCAAAUGUGAACUGUGCAAAAGCUAAAGGAGAACAGCUUCUUGUGUGUUCAGCAAGGAAUGGUAAAUCAAGAGAUCUUGUCCUUCAGGCUGAAGGAGAACUUUGGAUACAAGGGCUAUUAAAACUGUCAGAAUACAUGAACCAUUGAUUUCAUCUUAGCAGUGGCCUGUCCUCUCUGUAACAAAACAAAACAGUUUUCAAAAAGGGCCAAAAGAAGCUAGCUACUGCACUGUCAUGGAGAUCUUGCGGGAAAGAAUCCCAGUGUCAUUGAACAAAGAUCACAUCAAAGCAGAUUAACAAUUUUCCCAGAGAGGAAAAUGGGAUCAGUUUUUAGAGUAAGUUGUUGCUGAACAGUCACGGCCGAUAAGGAGGUCUGUGGAGCAAGGACCCUGUCUUCAGCCAUGAGUACGAUUAAUUUGUAGAUAUCAUUUGACACAUGGACCAUUUGCAAAAUUACAUCUCUGUCUCCUCAUGGAUGACCAGGUAAAGUGGUUUUUUUACUCACUGUAGUGAAAUUGGUUAACUGGAAAUAGUGAGUCAUACUUCACGCAGAGAAUUUUAUCACAUAGUUUACCGCUAAUUUCUUUCCUUCCCAUUCCUCUACCAAGAAUUUUACAGAGCUGGAGCUGGUGGAUCCUGUGGCUUGUAGCUCUGUUUACAGAAAGAGUGCAUGUGUUAGAUCUCUUGUUCAAUUACCCAGUACUUUCUAUUGAUAUUUCCCAAGAAAUGUUGACAGCUACAUGAAUUCUUGGACUUUCUGCACCUCCGUGUAAUGCCAAUCACUGGGCUCAUUUCACAGGCUCUGCAAAGGUCUUGUUAACACUCUUCAUUCCCUGGAAUGGGCUUAUUCCAUUAAUCACAUGGACAAAUAGGCUCACAAUCAUGUCCACGGCUCAUAUUUUGUACCAUUGUCUUACCUGCCACUGCUUUGUUCAGUUUUCACAGCAAGUCGUUCAACGUUGCUAAUGUCCAGGGAACAGCGGACAUGCCACUAUCCCUGUUACAUUCAAGUGUCUGCCUUGAAAAAUUAUGCUCCUGAAUGAAUCCCUGCCUGCACUGACUAUGACUUCCUUUUCUUUCCUACCUUUUUCUUCCUGAUGAUUUCUGAAAAUUAAAUUUAUGUUCUGGAUAUCUUGCCACAUCAUUUUUGAAAAUGUUUCUUCCUGAAAGUACUAUACGCGUAUAGUCUGUGUGCAUAUAAUCCAUUAUAUCUGAGUCAAGACUUGACUAAAAUAUAAACUUAUCUGACUCAAAAUUUAGCAGCUCAGAAGGUAACAGUUACUUCUUCUCCCCGCCCUCUACUACAGCUUCAUAGAUUAUAAAUUGUCUCAGGCUGUGGACCGUGUUUUGUCGGUUUUGGAAGCUAUUGCUCUGUAUUCUAAAGCACACAGAGUAGUAUUCAGUAGCUAUUUCUUCAGAAAGCAUUGCUACCAAUGGACUUUAAUUUGUCUAUGCUAUGCUUUUUGCCAUACGGACAUGCUGCA